AUGUCUCAAGAUUCAAGCUCUAAAGGAAUUUUUGGUAUAAUUUCUUACAUUGCUCUAGAGAGAUCUUUACUGGAUAUUCUCCAAGAUAGUGAAUAUAAUGAUUUAGAAUGGAAUUCCAAAGUUGCAAUCUUAUAUUACAUAAUUAAUGCAAAAUUAGCACAUAAAGAUUUUUAUUCUGAAAAUAUAUUAAUUUUGGAUUAUUAA